AUUAGCCAGUGUUUAAGAUAUGUUUCUGUGUUACUUACGGAUAGUGACCGCUUAAUAGGUUUAGGGAUUAUGAUGGGCAGAUGGGUAUUUUAUAUCAUUAUUUAAGGAAUGAAUAUUGAUGGCAACAUAAUUGCUACUGGCAAUUUUCGGUUGCUUCACUCCAAACGCAUAGUCACCUUGAAAGUAAUGUGUAGUACAGAUUAAUCGCAGACCACUGAUGUAUAAUUAUCUCGUAUUUUAAAUAUUUGAAGUCAUAACGUCGAUAUGCAAAGACUCAGUUCAUUGAACUCAUUUACCCAUUUUUGAUAUGUCUUCAUAUGUGAGAUAUAUAUAUGGGUGCUUUUUCUAGAAUUUUCUACUCCAGAAAACGACAAUACCAGAAUAGAAUUUUUACAACAAACCGACUAAAUCCAAGGCAGAUUUCAUACGUGCACCAGUUAAAGCUAAUAGAUAGUGGUCACAUACCAUUAGUCCUUACCAGUUUUUUCUUUCAGAUAAAACCUUCGGCGGGUCAAGCCACCUCAUCUCUAUUGUCAACGGCUACACGAUAUAACGGGCUCUUUGUAUUUAUUUAUUGCGCAGCAGGGCUUUACUAUUUAUCAUGAUCUUUUUCGUUGAAUCAUUACUUGCAGAAGCAGGAGUCAAGUAGGAAGGAUAAGCUAUCUGGACCACAGCUUCCGAUCUAACUGACGGCUACAGAAUCAACUGGUAACUUUUCGUCAACAGUAACCGCCUGACAAUGUGUGUUGAUUUAUCUAUCUACGAAAUAAAAAUUAGAAAACGUUAAUGCGCAUACGGUAAAUUAACUGAGCUAACUACUAAUUGGUUUACAUUGUAAGAGAUAUAAAAGAGGAGCGAGUUCUCGCGAUUGUCUCUCAUUUCAGUAUGACUCUAUUAUACAACAGAAGGUCGUGCAUCUUUCAAACUGUCUCAUAGCCUGUCGAGACCUACCUAGAGCGUACCGAACUAACUAAUAUUGAGCUUAAGGUGCUGUUUGUUUUUGUUUGUGGCUGACUUGGAAAGCCGUUACUGACUAGUCGUCCUUGGCUGGCGCCGAUACAAUGUCGUUUUCAGUGACAGCAACGCUUGCCGGUGGCUGUAGCAUCACAGGGACGCUACGAGGUUCGGGUGCUGAUGCAUCAUCAUUGUCCUCAGGCGAUCCAUGUGAUGCAUUAAUCCGAACCGUAAAUGACCCAUCAAGGCCAUUUGAGUGUCUUGUCUGUGGUUUCCGCGCCCGCUUCAACUCACAUAUGAAGGUCCACACACGUAUCCACACCGGCUACAAGCCGUUUGCGUGCUCCGUAUGUGACUACCGCACUACACAAAAGGGUAACAUAAAAAUCCAUAUGACCAAGAAGCACGGCUUGCCUGAGGACGAAGUAAAUCUUCUUCUACACGGCAACAUCUCAGGUGCUCAGCUGGGAGGCGCUACAAUUGCCAUCUUCCAGCAGCUCGGUCAGGACUCGCAGAAUGCAACAAGUGGCAAUGCGACGUCGUCCCAUAUCCACUCCUCACCGUCAUCGUUUGGUGCGACUGCCGUCGCCACGUCAUCCGCUUCAGCUUUAGCAUCUUCAUCAGCCUCUCUAACAGUGCCAAGUGUUCCAUCUGCCGUUUCUGUGCUCACCUGUACGGGAGAGAUUUUGAGUUCAGUAAGAAGGGUCUCCACGUCACUAGCCAGUGCUUCGGCUCUUGGUCCUUCUCAACAAAUUUCGACGACCCCAUCGCCUUCCGUGGAUGCAAGAACUUAUUCAGUCCGGUCUCUUGCCCAUGCAGAUUCUGCAUCUUUACAGGAUCCAGAUGACCUGUAGAACGCACACAGAGCUGUUCCUUUAAAGAAUGGCUAUGGCCUUUAAUAUACCCGUAUAACGCCAACACGACGGCGUCGUCGAAUUAAGUCAACAGCAUAAGAUACGAAGAACAAAAAAAAUAAAAGAAGAUUUAAGCCAAACACAAAUGAAAUUCUUCGAAGACGUAAUGACAAAGAAAACUGUUUACUGCUCGAUGCUGCAUGCAAGAAUGAUCAAAAGAGUCGCGUUUGGCAAAAUAGUUGCUUUCAUAAGAAAUAUACAAUACGUCGUUAUGUUAUUUAUCGGCUUAAACGCUUAACGUUGAACAUCUGCCCAUACAUAAUGCACUAAGUGAUCCUACGACUUGACGCCGACUGCUGACCCUUCUUUGAUCUCAUAAGUAUGUUCCAUCAUAGUACAUUUUGGUUUCAUUAUUCUUUGUACAAUUACUUAAUGAUUGAGAGGCUUCUGAUUUAUGAAGACAUCGGCCCUCACACUCUGUACAAAAAA